AGAUGGCGGCGGCGGCGGGGUCCGUGAGGCGCGGGCGGCGGCGACCGCGGCGUCAGUGAGGGGGCCCGGGGGCCCUGCGGCUCCGGGCCGGGGCGCCGCCGCGGGACGGACCAUGCUACGCUCCACAGGCUUCUUCCGGGCCAUCGACUGCCCCUAUUGGGCUGGGGCGCCCGGGGGACCCUGCCGGCGGCCCUACUGCCACUUCCGGCACCGCGGGGCCCGGGGCCCGGGCGCGCCCGGCGAAGGUGGAGCGGUGUCCCCCGCAGCAGGGCUCGGUUAUGACCCCUACAACCCUGAGCUGCCCAAGCCCCCCGCACAGAGGGAGAAUGGCGUCCUGGGCAGAGGCAUUGAUUCCCACUCAGACAUCCUGGAGCUGGAGUUGGUCAACCAGGCCAUCGAGGCCGUGCGCUCUGAGGUGGAGCUGGAGCAGAGGCGCUACCAGGAGCUCCUGGAGACGGCCCGGGAGUGUGGUUCGGCUGAGGCCCCCGUCCUGGCACCUCAUGGCCCUGCUGCCUGCCCCGCCACCAACCUGGACGGGGAUGCCUUCCCACUGUCCUUCGAUUACAACCCCAGCGGCCAUGGCCUUUUGAGCCCCGAUGCCAGCUAUCAGCCCACCCCACUGGCUGCCACUGCUGAGCCUGGCUGCAAGUACUCACUGGCCUCGCCAGACCGGGCUCAGGGCCAUGGUGGAGGGGGUGGCGGUGCCCUGGAGUAUGUCCCCAAGGCCGUGGGCCAGCCCCGGCGGUACGGCCGCCCUGUCUCCAGCAGUAAGUACGUGGUGGACAACUCAAAGCCGUCUACAGACCUGGAGUAUGACCCCCUGUCCAACUUCUCUGCCCGCCUGCUUAGCAGGGCCAGCACCAAGGACGAAAGGGCCCCCAAGCGGCCCCGGAGCUCCCGUGGCAGCGAGCCCUACACACCUGCACCCAAGAAGCCCUGUGACCCCUUUGGCAGCUGUGAUGCCAGGUUCUCGGACUCGGAUGAUGAUGCUGUUGUCGCUCCGGGUGACAAACCCGUCACCACCAGCCCCCCAAGAGCUCAAGGGGGCGCUGAGAGCAAGGCCCCGGGGAAGCCGGGCUCCAGGGAGGGCCCUGAACUGGAGGAGGGCAGCCUUCGGGAGACCAAGGAGAUGGCGGUGCAGUGUGACGUGGAGGAUCUCGGGCCACCUCCUCGGAGCCCAGGCAGGCCACCCCUGGCUAAGCCCAGCUCACCAGCCAGGGCUGCACCAGAGCGCAGCAGCCCCAAGGAGGGGAGGCCUAAGAAGAAAAGUGGGGUGCCACCCACCGCCAGCCACAAGGACAGUGUCCGGAAGACAGAUAAGGGCAAGGAUGGUGCACGAGGGAGGCCUGCUGAGAAGCCCGCUGCAGACAGGAGGGGCCCGCAGGCCGGCAGCCCCUGGCACAAGGCAGAGCGGCCCCAAGGGACCAAGAAAAAGCCAUCUUCAGCCACUCUAGUGGCCAGCUCAGGGAAAGGCCAACCUGAACGGCCAGGACCGCUGCCGAGCCCCACACAGGGGGCAGCCCGCCAACUGUCAGAUAGGAUAGCUGGGAAGACCCUGUCAGGGAAGCUGGCAGAGAGGAAGGCCCGCUCGCUGGACGAGGGUGCCCCCCGGGACGCCCCCAAGCUGCCCAGGCGGACCCUGAGCCACGCCGAGCUCUUCGGGGAUGAGAGUGAGGACGAGGACCCGCGGCCCCAGGCGCCGGCCACCCGGCCUCCCGCUCCCCCCAGCCUCAGCUCUAGCUCAGACUCGGACUCAGACUCGGACUCCAGCCUGGGUCUGUCCGCUGCGCGGGGGCCGCCCAAGCGCCUCAAGGCCUCCCCGCCCCCCCCCUCCUCCUCCUCCUCCUCCUCCUCCUCCUCGGGGGCGGGCUCUGACGUGGACUACUCGGCCCUGGAGAAGGAAGUUGACUUUGACUCCGACCCCAUGGAAGAGUGCCUGCGCAUCUUCAACGAGUCAACGGCCGUCAAGACUGAGGACAAGGGCCGCCUGGCCCGGCAGCCCCCCAAGGAGGAGAAGACUGAGGACAAGGGGCAUUCAGGCCUGACCACGCUGUUUCCCGGGCAGAAGAGGAGGAUUUCUCACCUCUCCAAGCAAGGCAAGGAGGCGGAGCCCAUGAGGAGAGGCCCUGCGCCCCCUGCCCGGCCCCCGACCGCCCAGGAGGUGUGCUACCGACGGGCCCAGCAGGCGCAGAGGGAGUCAGCUGGCUGGCUCCAGGCCGCCCAGCAGCUGGGUGAGAAGCCCAGCUCUGUCCACAUCUCGGCCCCAGGAGAGAAGCGGAGGAUUGCCCAUGUCCCCAACCCCCUCCUGGCUGCAGCCCCCACAGGCGCCAAGAGGACCCUCUCGGCCAGCAGCAGCCAGCACCCCAACGGCCCCGAGCCAGGCAGCCAGCCCCUGAAGACACGCACAUUGUCGGGCAUGGCAUCCAAAACCACCACCACCGUGGCCCCCAAGCGUGUGGCGCACAGCCCGUCCUUACAGAGUUUAAAGAAGCCCAUUAUCCCAAAAGAGUUUGGGGGCAAAGUCCCCACUGUCAUCCGCCAGCGGUAUCUCAACCUGUUUAUUGAAGAGUGCCUCAAAUUUUGCUCUUCUAACCAGGAAGCCAUAGAGAAGGCGCUCAACGAGGAGAAGGUAGCCUACGACCGCAGCCCCAGCAAGAACAUCUACCUGAACGUGGCUGUGAACACCCUCAAGAAGCUGCGCGGCCUGGGCCCGGGUGCUGGAGCUGGUCUCAACAAAACCAGCGGCCGGAGGGUGGUGUCCCAUGAAGUGGUGCUGGGGGGCAAGUUGGCUGCCAGGACCAGCUUUUCACUCAGCCGCCCUAGCAGCCCCCGUGUGGAGGAUCUGAAAGGGGCCGCCCUGUACAGCCGCCUCAAGGAGUACCUGCUCACGGAGGGCCAGCUCAAGGAGAAUGGCUACCCUUUCCCGCACCCCGAGAAGCCUGGUGGCGCCGUCAUCUUCACAGCUGAGGAGAAGAAACCCAAGGACUCCUCCUGCAGGAUCUGCUGCCGCUGCGGCGCCGAGUACCUCGUGUCUUCCUCUGGCCGCUGUGUGCGAGAGGAGGAGUGUUACUACCACUGGGGGCGGCUCCGCCGGAACCGAGUGGCCGGUGGCUGGGAGACUCAGUACACGUGCUGCUCAGCUGCCAUAGGCUCUACCGGCUGUCAGGUCGCCAAGCAACAUGUGCAGGAUGGCCGGAAGGAAAACUUGGAAGGGUUCGUGAAGACUUUUGAGAAAGAGCUUUCAGGAGAUGCGCAUCCAGGAGUCUACGCCCUCGACUGUGAGAUGUCCUAUACCACGUACGGCCUGGAGCUGACGCGCGUCACAGUGGUGGACACGGAUCUCCAGGUUGUGUACGACACCUUUGUCAGGCCAGACAACGAGAUUGUCGACUAUAACACUAGGUUUUCAGGAGUGACCGAGGCUGACCUUGCAGACACGAGCAUCUCACUCCGGGAUGUCCAGGCUGUGUUGCUUAGCAUGUUCAGCUCAGACACCGUCCUCAUCGGUCACAGUCUGGAGAGUGACCUGCUGGCCUUGAAGGUCAUCCACAGCACCGUGGUGGACACGUCUGUGUUAUUCCCGCAUCGCCUGGGCCUCCCCUACAAGCGCUCCCUGCGGAAUCUCAUGGCCGACUACCUCAGACAGAUCAUCCAGGACAAUGUGGACGGGCACAGCUCCAGCGAGGAUGCCAGUGCCUGCAUGCACCUGGUGAUCUGGAAGAUCCGAGAAGACGCCAAGACCAAGCGGUGACCGCCGCCUGCCCGCCCACUCGCCUCUCCCACAGCCCCGGCCCGUCCUCUACCCCAGGCCUCUUCCAAAACAGUGCAAUAAAUCUCGAGAGCUAACCCUGUCCACGUCGCCGAGACACAGAAAACCAAGAGAACCAGACGAGCUGGCGGCAGAGAGCCCAGCGCCGAGACCGACCCUGGAGCCCUGAGCCCCUCCGCCCCUGCCCAUCCCCACCUCUGCCCCUGACCUCUGUCCUCUGAGACUGCUGCUGACUCCACGGGCGGGGCUGGCCUGCCACUCCCACAGGCCCUGCUGGUGCCCCUUCUUGUGGGUGGAGGGUGCGGGGGUGGCAGGCUUGUCAAGGGUUUGUUUGUGACAGGGGUUUGUCUUUUUAUUUUGUAUUGUUAUUUUUAUUAUUUUGAAUUUAAACCUGAUGACUUGACAGUUGUCUUCCCACCCGGAGGAGAAAGACCCCGGUGCUGCCUUCCCUCCUGGGGGGUGGGGGUGGAGCUGGGAGUGCAGCCGGCGCCCCAAAGGCCACCAGGACCUAGGAGUUCCACCUAGCCUGGGCCUGGACAGUGGGAUCUGGCCUCCUCAGCCUACCUGGACCCUGGGGCUUCUGGGAACCAAUCCAGCCCCUCCAUCAGCCCCCCCAGGCCUCACCUUCUGGAAACCCUAGGGCCUACUGGCCUCUGGACACUGUCUUCCCGCCAGAGCCCCGCCCUCCCCUGGGGGCUCUCUGUAAAGCCCCACAGCCCCACCUUCCAAGACCCCGUCCCCAACCCCCAGGCAGGGGCAGAAUAAAUGUUUGUAUGGAUUUUAGUGCU